UUGCAGAUCGAGAAUUUGCCGGAUGCUCUGCACGAUCCUUAUGUAUGCAGCAUUUAUCGAGCAGAUUUGGCGCAGAAAACGCAAGAACUUCUUCAGUCAUUCAGCAAGGGCAAUGCUAUUUUCACACUGCCAAAUGCGCCAAUCAAGUGUUCCGGUGCUGCCCAGAAAAUAUGCUACUUAGCUGACGAAAUAUUCCGGAAGCGAGGUGUUAGGAGUCAAACCCAUCUAACCUAUAAUACACCACUAUCGGAUGUAUUCGACGUACCGAAAUAUGCAAAAACACUGAACAAAAUUGUCGAAAGAAAAUCGAUCGAACUAAAAUUGUUGAGAAAUUUAAAAAGCGUUAAUAUUGGAAAACGUGAGGCAACAUUUGAAUUGCUCGAACAAGAUGGUCGACCAACCGGGCACAGCUCAAUUUUUGUACAAGCGUUUGAUCUGCUUCAUGUAGCACCGCCUUGCUCGGCGCCAGAAGUGCUACGAAAUUCGCCGGAAGUAACGAACGCCAAUGAUUUUCUGGAUGUAAAUCCAAAAUCACUGCAACACAAAAAAUAUCCAAAUAUUUUCGGCAUUGGCGACUGCAAUGGCUCACCGAACAAGAAGACAGCGGCUGCUACAUGUUAG